UUUUUUUACUGAAUACUUUGCAAAUUGAUGUAUAUGACUGAAAAAUUAUGGUGACUUGCAAUUGUUAUUCAAGUUCCUUUGCUACCUCCGCAGUACUACCUGAAGGCAGCCUUUGGUUUCAACAAAAAUCAAUUUUCAGAAAUUCUGAUGAUGGUGGGAAUAGGAUCAAUUGUUUCCCAGAUUCUGAUUCUUCCUCUCAUCAAUCCAUUAGUUGGAGAGAAAGUGAUACUUUGCACAGCCUUACUUUCAUCAAUUGCUUAUGCAUUGUUUUAUGGCUUGGCAUGGGCUUCUUGGGUACCAUAUCUAAGCGCUUCAUUUGGAGUCAUCUAUGUCCUUGUCAAACCUGCUGUAAGUACUAGUCUCCCAUGAAUAUAUAUACAUUUUGUCCG